GACAGUUCAGAACACGGGUGGUCGGUGCACACAGCGGGGGCAGUUCAGAACACGGGUGGUCGGUGCACACAGCGGGGGCAGUUCAGAACACGGGUGGUCGCUGCACACAGCAGGGACAAUUCAGAACACGGGUGGUCGGUGCACACAGCGGGGACAGUUCAGGACACGGGUAGUCUGUGCGCACACCAGGGACAGUUCAGGACAUGGGUAGUCUGUGCGCACACCAGGGACAGUUCAGGACAUGGGUAGUCUGUGCACACACCAGGGACAACCCUCAGCAGCAGGCGGCUCCAGACAGGGACGACCAGCGGUCAGCGUUCCAGGGACGACCAGCGAUCAGCAGACAGAUUCCAGGGACGCGCAGCAGCUCUCAGGGCACUCAGCAGCGGACAGGGUGCAGGAGUGCUCAGUAGACAGGCUGGCAGGGUCUGAGCUUUGGGGUCUGCAGAGCUGCGGAGCCUCCCAGCCGGGGACAUUCAGCGGAGGGCAGUGGGUACUCCCAACCCUGGGGUAUUGCAGAGGGCCACAGGCCUGACCUUUUGGGGGUCUGCAGAGUGUGCAGCGGUGAUGGCUGGGGAGGCUCAGUCCCCCUCACCCGAGCCUCCCAGCGUCUUUCCGGGAACAAGAUGAUUCCAGCAGCA